UUUCGGCCAUUUUGUUUUGUGAACAUAAAAAAAAAUUUCAAAAAUUUAUUCUCCGUAAAAAAAAUAUGCCUCAACCAGAUGAGCCUAUUUACUGCUCCCAGCAGAUAAAUAUACCACCAGAGCUUCCAGAUAUACUAAAACAGUUUACAAAAGCUGCUAUCCGUACGCAGCCAGCUGAUGUUUUACAAUGGUCUUAUGCAUAUUUUGAUGCCCUUGCUAAAGGAGAGAAGCCACCAAUUAAAGAUCGCUUGGAAUUUCAACUUGGUGAACCAUUAGAAAAACCUUUAACACAGGGGCAACUGGCUGUACUACAUAAACAACUUGGUGACAGACCACUUAUUGAAUUAUCGUCUUUAGAAGAAAAGUGGAAACACCUCUGCCUGCCAAAAACAACAUUAGAGGACCUCUUGAGACUUGGUUGUUUUGCAGAAGAAAUUCAAUGGCUGCAUUUCCUUUCUCUUGCUUGUAGUGCCAUCAGUGAGAACUUGACUCUUGCAAUGAAAACAGUAUGUGAGAUACUGACCAAAGACCUAGAGGGAGGUGCGGCACGGAUCCCCUUUUCUCUCUUCAAGGAGUUAUACACCUACUUGGCUAACAUUGAUGGAGAGAUACCCAAAGAGCAUGUUAAUACUGUCAUUGAUCAUCUUAACUAUGAUGUUGAGAAACAAGACGGCAUGGUCUCACCAAGGAAUUUCAUGAGUGACAGCUGUCCACCUCUGUCACCAAAUACUUGAUUGACAGCAACAUGAACCAACCAUUUGUAAUAUACAGUGUACAAUAAAGCUACCCACAUCUUACUAUACAAAAAAUGUGAUAAAAUUGUAUAUUUUUCUCAAUACUKGAGUUUAAUUUGUUAUUCCUUAUUAGAAUUUUUUUUAAAUAAUGUUUGUGUCUUCAGAGUAUCCACAAGGGUAGAGAGAUAGGAGAGAUAUCUUGUGAAAGUUAGUUUGUACAAGGAAUAGUUGAAAAGUAAUAUUAAAAACUUAGGUAGUACAAUUUUUAAAAAAGCCUGCAUUUACACCGUCGGUACCUGGCAAAUUUUGAACCGCUAAAAAAUUUGACCUGUACAAUUAAUGUUUACAUGUACACUGUUUUUACUGUUAAUAUAAAAAAUACCUUUUGUUUAGGAGAAACUGGAUCCAAAUUUGCAGGACUAGGGGUACAAAUUUAUGUUCGGAUAGCUCAGUUCCGUAUGAAUGGAACUCAUAAAUGUACGACUUUUUGACCGGUUAACAAAUUGCAGCAUAAACACCAAACUUCACGUGCCAAAUCUUAAUGCAAGUGGUUCAACCAAUACGUUUUGUUGAUUUGCAUCAGAUUUGACAUUUAAAAYGGGCUUUUUACAUUGUGAAGUACCUCAGGGUCUCAAAAAUCACAUUUCACGAAAUAUAAAAACAGCCAAAUCCAUUUUUUAUAAU